CUCAGCGCGCUGCGGGGCGGCGCUGCCGCCUUCUAACUUCGGCCGGGGCCAUGGGCACGGCGGGCGGCGGCGCUCUGCGGCUGCCGGGGCUGCACGGCUACGCGGCGGAGUUCUCGCCCUACUGGCCGGGGCGCGUGGCCUGCGCCGCCGCGCAGUACUACGGCAUCGCAGGUUGUGGAACUCUGGCUGUGCUGGAACAAAAUGAAACUGGGAUUGUCCUGCUCAGGAGCUUUGACUGGAAUGACGGCCUGUUUGAUGUGACGUGGAGUGAGAAUAAUGAGCACGUGUUGAUCACUUCUAGCGGGGAUGGAUCUCUGCAAAUCUGGGAUAUAGCUAAGCCUAAAGGUCCACUGCAAGUCUAUAAGGAACACAUUCAGGAGGCAUAUAGUGUUGACUGGAGCCAAACUAGAGGAGAGCAGCUAGUGGUGUCUGGGUCAUGGGAUCAAACAGCCAAGUUGUGGGAUCCAGCAGUGGGAAAGUCUUUACGUACCUUUAAAGGCCAUGAAGGGGUCAUUUACAGCACUAUAUGGUCUCCACACAUCCCUGGUUGUUUUGCAUCUGCUUCAGGUGACCAGACUUUAAGAAUUUGGGAUGUGAAAGCCCCAGGAGUCAGACUCGUGAUACCAGCCCACCAGGCUGAGAUCUUGAGCUGUGACUGGUGCAAGUAUGAUGAGAACUUGCUGGUAACUGGUGCAGUUGACUGCAGUUUGAAAGGCUGGGAUUUGAGAAAUGUCCGGCAGCCAAUGUUCAUCCUCCUUGGUCAUACCUAUGCUGUCAGAAGAGUGAAAUUUUCGCCAUUCCAUGCAACUUUAUUGGCUUCCUGCUCCUAUGAUUUUACUGUGAGAUUCUGGGACUUUUCCAAGCCUAACCCUUUGCUGGAAACAGUUGAGCAUCAUACUGAGUUUACAUGUGGACUAGAUUUAAGCCUUCACAAAUGUGGCCAGGUGGUAGACUGUGCGUGGGAUGAACUUGUCAAGAUCUACACUCCAUCGUGUCUGGCAGCUGCUGUCUAGAGAGAAACUGAAGAUCUGACACACUGGGAACCUUUUUGUCAUCAUCUACAAUCAGACUUGUGCUAAACUGUCAAUUGUGUCACUAAUCUUUGUGUCUCCUUUUCAAGUAAAAGCCUGAAGUGUUCUGCUCUUGAGCUUGUAGACUUGUUCUACCAUACUAGUAGUACUUGGAUCAGCAAAAUGUUCAACAGCUACUGAAUGGCUAAGGAGUGACAGAAGCAGAUAUGAACUGGUGUCUUCAGAACUACCAACAAAAUUUUGUGAUUUGUCUGGUUAAUGAUGCAAGCAGAGGCCAGAAUCUUCUUGAUCCUUAUAAAGAAUAAAAGUAGCUGGCAGUGCCUUUGGAGAUUGUCACUAUAGAAAAAGAAGAGUCUUUUCCACUAUUUAGUACUCUAAUGUCAACCUGAGGCUUGUAUCCCUGAGAUCCAUUUAUAUUGAAUUGUUUUGCUGUGACUCACAUUGCAUUAUCUUGUGCAAUAUGAUGAAUGAUCUCGAUAGACAGUAAAUGUCAUAGUUUAUAGCCAACUCAUUCCUUUAACCUUUUUGAUUGCUGCUUCACAGAGAUGGUAAAGAUUAUUUUCAUACAUUUUUCCCUUGGAUCUCUUUGAGUAAAACAGUUAAUGAAGUCGUGCAGAAUAAUACUCUAGAGAAACAGAGAAAACACUUAGGAAAAAAUGAAUUAUAAACAACCCUAAUUGGAUCACAAUCUUCAAGAUUUAGAGAUAUUAUAACCAUCUCUUCUAUUAGACUUAUCUUUUACUUUCACUUAAAGAGUUUUUUUCAAGAGAUAGCAGUGUGGCCAUACAUUCAGCAUUUCUGGACCUCCCACAGUCUGGCCAAAGCGAGAGCUGAUAUCCAGACCAAUUGAACCUACGUACAUGUGGAUUAACUGCAUGGCAUAAGCACAGCAGCUCCAGAGUAGCCAAGCUAUUAUCAGACAUGCAAGAAUAUGCCCAACAUUUUAUAGCUGUAGUAGCUAUGAACUGACUAGUUUCUGUGCCCACUUUGACUCCUCAGUUUGUGUGGUGCAAUUUUGGUGGGAGGGCUGGAACCAGAUGGUCUUUAAGAUCCCUUCAAACCCAAGUCGCUUGACUUGGAUUCAUGCAAGCCAUUCACACCCCUCCUUUUUUUUUUUUUCCCUAAACCUUUUUAAAACUGUCUCAUUUCUGCUGCUACCCCGUAUCGUCAGACUUCCUCAUUAAAAAAUUGCAGGGCCUAGGCCUUUGGACAGGUUUUUAUAGUCUUCUGUUAAUGAAUGCUAUAUGCUUCUGGGUUGCACCACUCAUAAAUCAAGCAAUAGCAGGCACUGCCAGCCCUGCUGGAUGAAGAAAUGAAAGAAAGAAUUCAGCAGAACUAAGAUUUGGGAAUUGUGAGGAAAGAAUUAUUGUGCUAUCUUGGAGAAUGAGCCUGGGAGCUAGCAGGCAGCCACAGGGCAGUAUGGAUAUACUGACUCAGUGCUAGGACAAGACAGAAAGAAACCCCCUUUCACAAGGUGAAGAAUUUGGAUCAUCAUAAGUUUUUCUGGGUCAGUGCAAACUGACCCUGGAUUGCCACUGUCUUAAGAUGAAUGAAAUACAAAACAAAGUAGAUUUCCUAUUGUACCAAAUAGCUGUACCAAAUUCCAUGUUUAUUGCACUUUAAUUCUGUGUGCUGAGGAAUGAUGCAUCCGUAAAGCUAUGCUAUGUAGAGCUUUCAGUAAUAUCAUGGGCCGUAAAUCUCGUGCUAGGUAUUACUAUUUAUUAUUCAGCCUUUACAGUUAUUCCACUUUUCUGCUCUAUCUCUUUUUUUCUGCUUAGACUGCAAGUUACUUGAGUGAGUGGUAUAUUUUGGUGGUGACUAUGUAUUCUUUAUGCUUGUCUCUGUUAGGGGUGGGUAUUUCCAGAAUACUGCUGUAACUUACUGGUUAAAAAGUCAGAUUUAUACAAAUGAACACAAGGAGAGAAACAACACCCAUUCUGAUCAUGCACACUCAA